AUGUCACGCCCAGACUCGUCACUGGAUAGCAGUGAGAAGGAAAGGAAUUUGCCACUCGACCAGUCAACUACCGAUACGAAGUUUACCGACACAAACACAAAUAACCACGUCGAGCAGAAGAAACAGGAUGUGGAAGGCAGGAUACCAACGAGCGCAGCUUCGGCGGCAGUUGCUACAGCUGAACGCGACUUAUACGAUCCCUUCGAGAAUGGCUAUCACUUUCCACCGGCGCAUACGAAGAAACAAUCUACCUUGAUCGGCCUAAAGGCCUUUUGGAGAUAUACAUGCACGCCCCUCGGCUUCUUUGUUGUUCUGUAUGGUCUCAAUGUCGUGGCUUGGGGUGGCAUGUUAUUCUUGUUACUCUGCAACGCUGCACCAGCCAUGUGCUACCCAACAUGCAACGAUAUCAAUUCUCCCCGUCGCAAGUGGAUCGAGUGGGACUCGCAAAUCUUGAACGCUCUUUUCUGCGUCACAGGCUUUGGCCUGGCGCCCUGGAGAUUUCGCGACCUGUACUUCUUGAUGCAGUAUCGCAUCUUGAAGAAACCUGAGGCUCUUGGCCGGUUAGCCGGCAUUCACCGUGGAUGGUUCCGGUUACCUGGCUCGGAUCGGCUCCCUGUCCAUAUCGGCCCUCAGAAUGUAGCUGAGCUGGCAGCUGAACAACCCGUCUUGCAAAUUCCUCAUCCGACAAAAGCCAUCCCGGAUCCGCCUCUCACUGGCAUCCGGGCACCUCCGACGGCCAUCUGGAAGAUGGACUUCGUUAUUUGGUUCAACGUGUGGAACACGCUUCUGCAGUGCGUUCUUUCUGGUUUCAUGUGGGGAAUGAACCGAUUCGACCGACCUAGCUGGUCAACUGGUCUAUUCGUUGCACUUGCUUGUUUGGCGGCCGCCAUAGGAGGCUUGAUGAUGUUUUUCGAGGGCAAGAAGGUUAAGAGCAUAGAAGGAGUACCGCUCAGCAAGGAGGAUGAGGAGCGUCUGGCAAAGGACAAGGAAAUGGGAGUUCGGCAUUACAACAAUAUCAAGGACAAGAAACCGAAAGAGCCUAAGGAGAGGGAAUAG